AACCUGAACGCAGCACUCGGAGCAGUGAUGGUUGGAAGGACGUUCACAACAAAAAUGGACAUCGAUCGAAAAUAACCCGGUCAGCGGUGUCAUGUAGCUGACCGGCACUUAACUGACCCGAAAGAAGAAAAGUGAGCAGAGCGCAGCAUCAUGGAGGCUCGCUUUGGAAACAUUGUGUUUAGCUCCAAGUUCGACUCAGGGAACCUAGCACGAGUGGAGAAGGUGGAGAAGGGCAGCUCUAGCCCCCCCUCGGACGCAGCCUCCGCUGGGUGUUCCACCUCAGGGACACAUCUUACCCCCGACUACGAGUUCAACGUGUGGACUCAGCCAGACUGUGCUGGCACGGAGCACGAGAAUGGAAACAGAUCGUGGUUUUACUUCAGCAUGAGAGGCGCUCCGCCUGGGAAACUGCUAAAGAUUAAUGUGAUGAACAUGAAUAAUCAGAGGAAGCUUUAUAGCCAGGGGAUGGCUCCUCUUGUACUCACUUUGCCUGGCAAAAACCGAUGGGAGAGAAUUCGAGACAGACCCACAACUAAGAUUGUAGAUAACCAGUUCAUCCUCACCUUCACCCAUCGGCUGCUGGAGGUGCGAGGGGCUACCACCUACUUCUCCUUCUGCUUCCCAUUCUCUUACACUGAGUGCCAGGAGAUGCUGCAGCAGCUGGAUGAGAGCUACCCCAAUGCUGUUCACCUCAGUCCGAGCAGUGCAUCAAGCACUGUGUAUUACCACAGGGAGUUGCUGUGUCACUCUCUAGAUGGCAAAAGGGUGGACCUCCUCACUGUGACUAACUGCAGCGGGAUGAAGGAUGAGAGAGAAGCUCGUCUGCCAAAGCUGUUUCCAGACACCAACACUCCAAGACCUCACCGCUUCUCUGGCAAGAGGGUGUUUUUCCUCAGCAGUCGUGUGCAUCCUGGGGAAACUCCCUCGUCCUUUGUGUUUAACGGUUUCCUCAACUUCGUCCUGAGAAGAGAUGACCCACGUGCACACACGCUGCGCAACAUGUUUGUGUUCAAGCUCAUACCCAUGCUCAACCCGGACGGAGUCGUCCGAGGACACUACAGAACUGAUUCCAGAGGCGUGAACUUGAACAGACAAUACUUGAACCCCAGCCCUGAGCUUCACCCUUCCAUCUAUGCAGCCAAAGCACUGCUGCUCUACCACCACACACACACACACUCCCACACACACAGUAACAGCACCCCUCACACACAGCUCACUCCCCUCAACAAUAAGUCCACAAAGCAGCAUCAGUCUCCACCGCUCACUCCCCUCGAAGCCAGCUUGAACCAACGCAACGCAGAGAAAGAUGGAAACCCCGCCCAAGCCCAGGUUACCAUGGUGAUGGAGAGCACCUGGCCCACCGCAGAGACGAGAAAAGGAGACCAGAACAGCUCUCCAGGCUCCUCAGAGUCUGUAGCUCCUUCUACUGAAGACGUAGCUGCACCGCAGGUGGAGGAAUCUGUGCCCCCCCAGGAGGGAGGGGUGGCAUAUUACGUGGACCUACACGGCCACGCCUCUAAACGCGGAUGCUUCAUGUAUGGAAAUAACCUUCCUGAUGAGAGCCAGCAGGUGGAGAAUUUGCUGUAUCCCAGACUGAUCGCUGUGAAUUCUGCUCACUUUGAUUUCCUGGGCUGCAACUUUUCAGAAAAGAACAUGUACGCUCGGGACAAGAGGGACGGGCAGUCUAAAGAAGGCAGCGGCCGAGUCGCCGUCCACAAGGCUAUCGGGCUGCUUCACAGUUAUACUUUGGAGUGUAACUAUAACACAGGAAAAACCAUGAACACCAUCCCACCUGCCUGCCAUGACAACGGCCGGGCAAGCCCUCCUCCACCACCAUCCUUCCCUCCAAAAUACACUCCGGAAAUAUUUGAGCAGGUGGGACGUGCCGUGGCCGUCUCUGCCCUGGACAUGGCAGAGUGUAACCCCUGGCCUCGUCUCGUUCUGUCGGAGCACACCUGCCUCACAAAUCUCCGAGCCUGGAUCCUGAAGCACGUCCGCAACACCAAAGGCCUGAACUCGCACAUCCGCACUCCUCCGAAGGUGCACAACCACGGCAGCAAGUUGUCACCGCCAAAAAGUUUCAAAAACAGCUUUCUGUCUGGGUCGGCGUCAGAGAACGCCAUCAGUCGCGGUCGCUGCAACAGCAGCAGCAGCCAGACCCCCUCACCAAAGAUGCACAGCUCUCCGAGUUUCACCUUUGGCUGCCCCCCACCUCGAGCUCACACACAGCACAACAGCACACACGCCGCUGGGCGUGGAGGCAACAAGACACUGGGGCCCGUCAGGGAUGCUAAGCCUCAGGAGAAGAGACGCUCCUCCCACCACCGCUCCAUCCUGCGGUCUCCCGGCAACAGCCUUAAACCCUCCCACCCACCCCGGUCACCCCCUUCCUCUUCGUCGUCCUCCUCAUCUUCCUCAAUGUGUGCAGCCGGUUCCUGUCCCCUCCCGGCCUCCAUCAAUAUGACAGGAGUCAGUGGCUCAGAUUUUAAAGCUGGUGGUUCAUCAAGCUGGUCCAGGAUGUCUUUCUCCACCCGUCCUGGGCGCGUAGGCCGAGGCUGCAGAUCUCUUACGUUCACACACAAAGAGACUGCUAAAGACUUGGACCCUGAAUGUAUCUUGUCAUCCAUCAGACUUAGCAAGUGUGAGCUGCAGCCGCACGCAAGUCGCAUCCCCAUCCGGAGGACGUGCUCAACCCACGCCCCGCUCAACGUUCGCACAUCUCCCACCUGGCCUGAAGGUCAGGAGGUGUCGGCCAGCACGAAGGCGUGGAAGCUGCUCAGGCCGGGCCUCCACAGACACCUGCCUCUGUCAGGGAUCUCAGAGAAAUGUGACGUGAAAAGCCCCGAGACGAGUUUCCACUGUGAACCCAGCGCUGUCGAAGAGGCCACACCAGAGACCGACAGACCGCUGCAGCAGGCUGAGCUGAACGCUUGUGACACAGUGACCGUGUGUGAAGUGGAGAAACUGCACCGUGCAUUCUGCCAGCUGUGA